AUGCCGGCGGCAACACAAGAGGCAAGAUCCGACGACAAUGUCACGAUCGAUGAUUUCGGAGAUUUGAUCGACCAGGCGACGUUCGAACAGAUCCUCGAAAUGGAUGAUGACACAAAGGAGCGAGAGUUCAGUAAGAGCAUAGUAUACGAUUUCUUUACUCAAGCCGAAGGGACGUUCGAGCAGAUGCAUACCAAUCUCACCAAGCGAGAUCUUAACCAGCUCUCUGCACUGGGUCAUUUCCUGAAAGGAUCCUCUGCAACUCUAGGCCUUACCAAGGUGAAAGAUUCGUGCGAGAAGAUCCAGCACUUUGGUGCCAUGAAGGAUGAGACAGGCACCAAGGACGAGCCAGAUGAAGACAAGUGCCUGUCGAACUGCGAGACGACGAUCAAGCAAGCAGAAAAGGAGUUCCAGGAGGUCGAGACGUUGUUGCGAAAAUUCUAUCACGACAACGGAUCUGGUCCUGUAUAG